AUGCUAAGGGUGGGACGUGGACAACUAUCGACGAGAACUUAUGUCACCUCCAAAUCUUUUACAAUAGGUUUGAUCCCAGGCGACGGUAUUGGAAAAGAGGUGAUACCAGUGGGUAGAAAGGUAUUAGAAAAGAUAGGGCCAAAGUAUGGGGUUGAUUUUAAAUACAUUGACCUGCAGGCAGGCUGGCAAACCUUUUUAGAUACAGGUAAAGCUUUACCUGAUGACACGGUGGAACAGUUGAGAAAUAAUUGCCAAGGGGCACUAUUUGGUGCAGUCCAAUCUCCAACCACCAAGGUUCAAGGUUAUUCUUCUCCAAUAGUGGCUUUGAGAAAGGCACUAGGACUAUAUGCAAAUAUUCGCCCAGUUAAGUCAGUGGAUGGCACUGGUGACAGACCUGUUGAUCUUGUUAUUGCAAGGGAAAAUACCGAAGAUCUGUACAUCAAGAGUGAAAGAACAUAUAUUGACAAAGAGACUGGUGGCCGCGUUGCUGAAGCAAUUAAAAGAAUCUCUGAACAUGCCACACGGAAUAUAGCUAAUAUUGCACUAGAAAUUGCCCUACAAAGACUCAAGGAAAAAGGUCAUGCAACGCUUACUGUCACACAUAAAUCUAAUGUUCUUUCCCAAUCAGAUGGAUUGUUCAGAGAGAUUUGCAAGUCUGUGUACCAAUCAAACAAAAAAUUCGCGAAUGUUCAGUAUAAUGAACAGAUAGUUGAUUCAAUGGUCUACAGGUUAUUCAAGGAGCCUCAAUGUUUCGAUGUUAUUGUUGCCCCAAACCUGUAUGGCGACAUCUUAUCCGAUGGGGCUGCUGCAUUGGUGGGUUCUUUGGGCGUCGUUCCAAGUGUCAACGUUGGACCAAAUAUUGUAAUUGGUGAACCAUGUCACGGAUCCGCUCCUGACAUCGUUGGUCAGGGAAUUGCGAACCCCAUUGCCACAAUAAGAUCUGCCGCUUUACUGUUAGAAUUCCUAGGUCUCCCUGAAGCUGCAAGACAUAUAGAGAAGGUAGUGGACGAAAACAUCAGGGAAAACAAGAUCAAGACACCGGAUUUAGGAGGUAAUUCUACGGGGGAACAGGUCGCUAACGAUAUUUUGUCCAGGAUUUAG